AUGUCAACUGCUGGUUCGAAAGAAGAGCGUCAGGGUCUUCUCAGCACUUCAGGUACCACUUGAGAGUCGAACACCAUCAGCACAUCUUAGGCAUGUCAUCCAAAAAGACGAGCAAGUCGAAAAAGUCGGCGAGUCCGACCUCAGUCAGGUCUCUGACGACCGUACGCUCCUCCACGACUGUGGCCAGGUCGUUCAAAAAUGUCCCAGUGAAAAUUGAAUCAGUUUUGGUUCAGAAGAGAAAUGCCGAAGAUGAGCGACGGUUCCGAGUUUGAUUCUGGUCCCUAUGGCUGGUGUGAGUGUCCUUUCCAACAUUAGGGUUUUCAUUUGGAUUAAUCAGUCUCAACUGUUCCUCAAAUGUAAUAUUUUGGCUUACGAAACUCGACAUUUAUGUCAUCACUUAUUUUUAUUUGUUUUGAAAAAAAUUUCACCAGAGAACUGUCCUUUACUGUAAGAAAAUUUGUUAAGAAUAGAAAGGUUCAGUGUUUUCUUUUGCCUACCUGUUCAUUCUGUGGGGCGUCGUGAUCAGCCUCUCGGUGGCGUUCAUCUACUACCUGUACUCGCAGCUCGACCCUCGCUACCCGCGCUAUUUCGGCACUGGAACAUUCGCCGGCGGCACUCCCCGUCCGUUGAUCCGACUUCUUUCCACAAAAAUGAUCCUUUAUCAGAUAUCACUUUUGACCCGAAUCCUCGAAGGUUCACUGAAGACAUGUUCAACAGAAUGGAGUUUGAUCAGUACGAGUUUCGCUCGUACGUCAACUAUCUCAUUCGCUAUAAACAUGUGAUGAAAGGUGAGUCUCCACAGAGAAAGUUUUUCUGCCGGUUUUUGGAAGAAGUCAGGUUUUUGAGUAAUGUAAUAAAAAAUUCGUGCUGAGUUUCGCAAAAAUAUUAGUUAACUCUUUUUCGACUGUAAAAUUUUUUCGAGUUUUUUUGCUCAAGAGCACAUUUUUUGCUGUAUUAGUACUUAGUUAACCAUGACUUUUUUCUAGUGACAGUAAUCCAGCUUGUUUUAGAUGUUGAUGGUGUUCAAAAAUGUCUUCAAAGCAUAAAAAACCAAAUUGAAAACAAGAAAAAAUCAUUUUUCUGUCUUUUUGACCGAAAUAAAAUUUCUGUUAGUCGCAGACUUGCCUUUUUGGUUUCAGCACUGGUUUUAAGGUUAUAACGACACACUGCCGCCCUGCUGGAAAACCCCGCUGAACGAAAAUGAAGCCUGCGGCUUCGAAAGAGUUGAUGGCUUUGGAGAGUGCGCUUUCACGCGGUUUUCCUUCCGUCUCGAUUUGGAUCAAGUCUUUUUUCAGAGAAAAUCUGGAGAAAGGCAUGGGCUUCAGCAAAGGCCAACCUUGUAUAAUGAUCAAACUCAACAAGGUUCUUGAUAAUUUCUCGCUUUACUUGCAUCGAAAAAAAAUUUCAGAUUCUCGGUUGGCAUCCUAAUGACAUUUUGGUGAGUUUGAAGUAUUUUAAUAAAUAAAUGACUUGAUAGACUUGAAAAAAAAACACAUUAGGGGAAAGACAUUGAAAAGAAGUCGGUCUUAGAUCAAAAUAAGGAUUUUGAACAAUAACAGGAACUUUUAAAGUUGUCUACGUUUCUAUCGAAUCUUGUGAGAUUUGUUAAGGACCUCUAUGAAAAAAAUAUGGUCGUACAAGUUUUAAAUUUUGAUUUUUUAAAGUUUUUUUUAUCAGACAGCGUAAAGGAAAAAAAAAUGAGCAUUGAAUAAAUUUCUUCUUUGAUUUUUGUCUCACUUGAAUGUUUGUAAAAUUUAUGAGAUUGGAAAAAGAAGUUCUAAUCAUCGUUUUUUUAAAAGCUUAGUUAAUAAACUUUGACUCUCCAUUUGACCACUUACAAUAUACUUUCUAAUGGGAAAAUUUCAGUGAACAAACUUUUUUUUAUUGAGUAGUUGCGCCCUCUACCAGCCGGACACUGUCUCUUUCUUAUCGUGUCAUAACCCUUUUUCCGAUGACUCAAACCAGCCUUGGAUCAGAUACUUAUGUUUUCUUGACUUUGUAUGUUCAGACGAAUGACGAUCAAACGUGCUCGAGAGGACAGUGCUGCGGCAGUGGAAUAACGUUCAACUGUUCCUCAAAUGUAAUUGGAAAACCGGGAUAAAAUACAUAAAGUUGUAGGGCGACGUGAAAUUCGAGUUCUAUCCGAACCAAGGGAUCCAGUCGUGCUACUAUCCGUUCAACGGGCAGCCCGGUUAUGAGCAGCCGUUCGUCAUGGUCAAACUCUACAACCUUCCGGAAAACAAGGAGGUCCUUACACUAAAGUUGAAAAUCAUUGGGCGAAGUUUUUUUUUUCUGAAAUUCAUAGUGUUCUCAUAUUUUUUUCUCUUUUUCGGAGCACUGAAAAGCCGAAAUUAAAUUUUUCAUGCGAAACUUUCAAAACUAUCCCAGUACGACUCGUUUUCUAGAUAAUGAACGAAAAAAAAUGAUAUUAUCCAGAGUAAUAUUUUAUAUUUCGAUUACUAGCCUACUUUUUUUAAUUACUCUACUUUUUCCAAUCUAUUCAGCUUUUUUUCUGAUUUUUCAAGGUGGUCCAUUUAUUAAAGACAGAAAAACUAUAAAAUGCCAUUUAAAAAAACCAAAUUCCAAAGAGUGAAGCAGGUUCCACCGGAUCACGAAAAAAUGUUUUUAUAUAAAUAAUUUCGCUAAGUUCUUGUUUUUCAGGUGAAGAUCUCGUGCUCUCCCAAUCCAAACGCCUUGAAAAUAACCGAUGGAGAUCGUCCCAACGAACUUCAUUUCUACAUCAAACGCCGAAAACAUGUAGAAGACACCGGCUAA